CGCCUGCGGGGCGGGAUGGCGGAGCGCGGCUGUGGUGAUAGUCGGUGCUGGUGUCUGCGGCGGCUCGGGCAGGACGGGCAGUGGCUGCUGCUGCGGGGCGGCGCCGAGGUAACUAUAGGUCGAGGAUUUGGUCUCACCUACCAGCUAGUAUCAAAAAUCUGCCCGCUGAUGAUCUCUCGUAACCACUGUGUUUUCAAGCAGAAUGAAGAAGGCCAGUGGACAGUCAAAGACAACAAGAGUCUAAAUGGUGUUUGGCUGAACAAGGAACGCCUUGAUCCAUUAAAGGCCUAUCCUAUAGUUGAAGGAGACCAUAUCCAGCUAGGAGUCCCUCUGGAAAGCAAAGAAGCUGCUGAAUAUGAGUAUGAAGUGAUCAGGGAAGAAUGGGAGAAAAUUAGUCCACUUCUAGCUCCUAGAAAUGACCAGGUGAUGGGGAAAUCUAAGAGCACGAGAACAAAACGUAAAUUUAGCUUGGAAGAAUCUGAGGCAUUGGGAGUAGAAGGCCCUUCAAAUUCCAGAUCCAAGAGAGACAAAGUGCAUAGUGAACCUUUAAUUAAACCUUGGGAGAUGACAGAAUUGGUCAAACAACCUACAGAAAACAUGGAUCUCAAACUACCUUCUCCUGGAACAAGUGAGGAGGAGGAGAAAGCUCCAGUGUAUUGUGGUCCUUUGCAGCCAGAGAAAGCACUAUCCCUUGGCCAUAGGGACCAGCAAGCACCUAGUCUUGCACAAUCUUGGACUAGUUUGAAAAUGCUGAAGAAAACCCUGGUAGAUAUAAUGAAGUUGAAAGUCAAGGUGCAGGAGAAGCAGACAGCAGUCUUAAGUAUGAAGCAAAAGAGCAGGAAGAGUGCCCGGAAGGAGAUCAUGGUGAUGGAAAAAGAGCUGCAGGAGUUACAGGAGCAGUUAUGCACUGAACAGGAGCAGCAUCAGCAGAGGGUGGAGCAGUUGGAGAAGACGUUCUGUGGAGAACAACAAGAGCAGGAGGGAGUAAAACAGGAACAAGGGGACGAGAGUCUGAAGGAGCAACUGGCUCAAGUCUUGCAGGAGCAUCGCGCUUUGAUGGAAGAGUUGAGCCGCAGCAAAAAGGACUUUGAAGAGAGAAUUCAAGCAAAGAAUAAAGAAUUGGAAGAGACCAAGGAGGAAAAAGAAAAAGUGAGAGCUCAGAAGGAAGAGGUUUUGAGUCAGAUGAAUGAUGUACUGGAAAAUGAGCUUCAGUGUACCAUCUGCUCUGAACAUUUUAUUGAGGCUGUUACUUUGAACUGUGCGCAUAGCUUCUGCUCCUACUGCAUCAAUGAAUGGAUGAAACGUAAGGUGGAGUGUCCCAUCUGCAGACGGGGGAUAGAAUCCAAAACACGCUCUCUAGUUCUGGACAAUUGCAUUGACAGGCUGGUAGAAAACUUGAGCUUGGAGAUGAAAGAACGUCGCCUGGCCCUCAUCAGAGAGCGCAAAGUAAAAAUGAAGAGAAGAGCGGAGCCUGAAUUUAGCAGCCCCCAGAAGAAGCAGAGGAAGAGGAUAGAGGAUCUGGGAUUAACCCUCAGUUCCACUUCAGAUGAUGACACUCAGUUUAGCAAUCAUGCAACCCAAGAGUCUUCUAGUAGCAGCAGUGGGUCUGACAGCGAGAGUGAUGAGAAGCAUCAAGUCUUCAGCAGUGAGUACAAACCGGACUCUCUCGUGGAGGGCACCUCUUCCCGCUACUCCAUGUAUAACAGCGUCUCCCAGAGGCUCAUGGCCAAGAUGGGCUUCCGUGAAGGAGAAGGUCUGGGGAAAUAUGGCCAGGGGAGGAAAGAAAUUGUUGAGGCCUCCAAUCAGAAGGGAAGGAGAGGCUUUGGUUUGACUCUGAAAGGAUUUGAAGGAGAGCUCAAUAUUGAUUGGCGGGAUGAGCCAGAGGCUGGUGCCUAUGAACAGGUGGACUGGUGCCCUGAAUGCACCACUGAAAUCCCCGAUGCCCAGGAGAUGAAGGAGUGGAUGACUGUGGGGAAGCGGAAGAUGGUGAUUGAAGAUGAGACAGAAUUCUGUAAUGAUGAGCUUCUACAGCAUGUGCUGCAGUGCAAGAGUGUGUUUGAUGAGCUGGAUGGGGAUGAGAUGCGCCGGGCCAGGACAAGGUCCAACCCCUAUGAGAUGAUUCGCGGGGUCUUCUUCCUGAACAGAGCUGCGAUGAAGAUGGCAAAUAUGGACUAUGUCUUUGACAACAUGUUUACAAACCCAAAAGACUCCCAUGGGAAACCCUUGAUAAAAGAACGGGAUGCAGAGCUGCUUUACUUUGCUGAUGUCUGUGCGGGCCCUGGUGGCUUCUCUGAGUACGUUCUGUGGAGGAGGAAGUGGCAUGCAAAAGGCUUCGGCAUGACCUUGAAAGGACCAAAUGACUUUAAGCUGGAGGAUUUCUAUUCUGCCUCCAGCGAGCUCUUUGAGCCUUACUAUGGAGAGGGAGGAAUUGAUGGAGAUGGAGACAUCACCCGCCCAGAGAACAUCACUGCAUUCCGGAAUUUUGUUUUGGACAACACUGAUCGCAAGGGAGUGCACUUCUUAAUGGCUGAUGGGGGUUUCUCUGUGGAGGGUCAGGAGAACCUACAGGAAAUCCUGAGCAAACAGCUGUUGCUUUGCCAGUUCCUAACAGGGCUCUCGAUUGUCCGGACAGGAGGACACUUUGUCUGCAAAACAUUUGACCUGUUUACUCCGUUCACCGUGGGGCUGGUGUAUUUGCUGUACUGCUGCUUUGAGCGAGUGUGUAUCUUUAAACCUGUGACAAGCCGUCCUGCUAAUUCAGAGAGAUAUGUAGUAUGCAAAGGGUUAAAGCUGGGGAUUGAUGAUGUCCGGGAGUAUCUCUUCAUGGUGAACAUCAAACUCAACCAGCUGCGCAACUCCAACCUGGAUGUGAAUCUCGUUGUCCCUGUGGAUGUGAUUAAGGGUGACCAAGAAUUCUAUGACUACAUGGUGCAGUCAAAUGAAAAACACUGUAAAGUUCAGAUCAAGGCCCUAGCCAAAAUCCAUGCCUUUGUUCAGGACACGACCCUGUUCGAGCCACGGCAGGCUGAAAUCCGGAAGGAGUGCCUCCGGCUGUGGGGGAUCCCAGAUCAGGCUCGAGUUGCUCCAUCAUCAUCUGAUCCCAAGUCCAAGUUCUUUGAGCUCAUCCAGGGCACAGAAAUUGAUGUCUUCAGUUACAAACCAACACUGCUCACCUCAAAAACUCUGGAGAAGAUCCGUCCUGUUUUCGACUACAGAUGUAUGGUGUCUGGAAGCGAACAAAAGUUCCUGCUAGGACUGGGGAAGUCCCAGAUCUACACCUGGGAUGGUCGCCAGUCGGACCGCUGGACAAAGCUGGACUUGAAAACUGAGCUGCCACGGGACACCCUGCUCUCUGUGGAGAUUGUUCAUGAGCUAAAAGGAGAGGGGAAAGCCCAACGAAAAAUUGGUGCUAUCCACAUCCUGGAUGUCUUGGUGUUGAAUGGCCACGAUGUCCGAGAACAGCACUUUAACCAGCGGAUUCAGCUUGCAGAGAAGUUUGUCAAAGCUGUUUCUAAACCUAGCCGGCCAGAUAUGAACCCCAUUCGUGUGAAAGAAGUGUACAGACUGGAGGAGAUGGAGAAGAUUUUUGUAAGGUUAGAGAUGAAGAUUAUCAAGAGUUCGGGUGGGAUACCACGGCUGUCCUACACUGGCCGGGACGACAGGCACUUUGUACCUACAGGACUCUACAUUGUUAGGACUGUGAACGAUCCUUGGACAAUGGCGUAUAGCAAGAACUCCAAGAGAAAAUUUUUCUUUAACAAGAUGACCAAGGACUCAACGUAUGACCUCCCUCCUGAGUCCAUUGCACCAUUUCACAUCUGCCAUUACAGCCGUCUCUUCUGGGAGUGGGGGGAAGGUGUCAAAGUGCAUGACUCGCAGAAGAGGCAAGAUGCAGAGAAGCUGUCGAAGGAAGAUGUCCUGUCCUUCAUCCAGGCACACUGCCCCUGACCCCACCCGAGCCCAGCCCAGCCUGGACUCGUCAGGGACUGACUAGACUGGAGAGACUCUGAGACAGGAGGAGGGAGUCUUCAAUCCAGGAGCAGUGGGUCUUCCAUGGAGAAGAGAACUGACUUGCUGGCAGUCCCAGGAGUUGGGGAUUUGGGAAUUCAGAAGAUGCAGAACAAGGCUUCAGCUAUGAGACCAGUGUAUAUAGGUGUCUGGCCCAGGCAGCACUAGUUCUGAAUACCCUAGAGGAAGAGCUGAGUUCAGAUGCUCUUCUCUUCUGACCCAUUGCAUGCAUGAGGCUGAGGUGCAGGAAGCUCUCCCCAUUCCUGCUCAGAUUUACAGCCAGGCUUGUGGCCCUGUGUAUGCCAGAGCAAUUUGGAGACUGCAUCUGGCUCUCUGGCAGCACAGAGGAAAUGGCAGGAUUAUGCCCGGGCUGCAGGAGAGGUGUGAUCCAGAGAGAGAGAUGACAUAGAAAUAGCUCUGUAGUGCUGUCAGCAACCAUCUCUGUCUCCUUUGGCCUGGCAGGCCUAUGCCACACACUGGGGUGUCUCAUCGGGGGAUAUUGGCUCUUGGGACAUGAGGGCUGUCUCCUGUCAGUGGCUACAGCACUUCCAUUUUGGAGGUGCUGGGCCAGUUGCCAGGGGUGUCUCUGUGAUAGUAUCCAGGUGUGGGGAGCUCCAUGGCAUGAAUGACUUUGGUGUGUUCAGUGCCAGCUGUGGCACUGAGACAGCAGGAGUUAAGCUGAUUCUACAGGGGGAACUUCCUCAUAUCAUCAGAGCUGUCACCCCAAAAAAUUCCCUCUAGGUCAGUAAGUAACCACAGCCUAACCCUCCAGGUGCAAGCUUGUGAAAAAUGCCACAAGACCCUGCUGAGAUGAAGGUGGUUUUGUUGCUUGUUGGUGCUCAGAGUCAUUGCCUGGGGCUCCUGGCAAAGCAAAUGAGGGAAGACUGGGGUUUUUCAAUGGAAAUUCAGGACAUGCCUGGCUUGGUAAAAAGGUCCCAGAGCAUUGAGAGAAUUUGAUUUUGCCUGGAGUAGAUAGUCAAGAGAGCUCCUAUUGCCCAACUAGGCCAGUUGUAGUGAAAACCAGAGCUUUUCUUUUUUAAACCUCCAUAUAGGCUUUCAGAACUCCAAUGUCUGGUGCAGACCUGGGGUCCCAUCUAGAAUGAAUGCACAAAACCACAACUCUCAGAUGACAAGACAGGAUCAUGCAUGUUUCAGUGAGCAGAAAUGGCAGUCUAUUUCUGGGCUGGGCUCCCAAAUGUCAUGUAGGCCAGGCUGUCACAAAGAGCAGGGCUGACCCGUGUUGCAUGUUUUAACUUUGGGCUUCUGCAACACCUUUGGCCAGGUGUUCCACAGAUGACAGAAGCCCCCACACAAGCUGGCUGCACCAGCCAUGUGGCAAAGUCACUGUAGUUUUUUUUUUUUAUUAUUAUUAUUUUUAACAGAUUGGACUAGGAUUGCCUCAACUGUGCCUUACAGAACGCUGUGGGUCUCCUAGGAGCUAGAAGCAACCAUUUAGAUUCUGACCUCCUGUCUUCCCUCUCCGGCCCCUUCUCCCGUCUUGCCCAUGCAAGAUUGGGAUGAAGACUAGGUCAGGCACACACAUGAGCUUGUAGGGGAAAUUCACCCCAGGCAGAGAGGUCAGCAAGAGGCUUAAGCAUUAAGUCCCUCAUGCCCUCAGCAUAAGUAGUGAACAGACCUUGUGCUGUUUUUUCUGUACGGAGGGGAUUUCACCCCAAAGGUGUGCCUGUACAGCACCAUGCAGUGCCAUGUAGAGAUACCCAGGUAGGCUCUGAAAGUGUUAGUUCAUGUACCAGAAGCAGUACUUGCAUGCCUGAUUUGCCCGUGUGGUUAACCUAGCUGUACUGCUUCUGGUCUCAGGUAUCUCUGCAGCAUUGUCUAAACAGAGCCUAAGUAAAUCGGUUUAAUUUCCAAGCUUGCAGCCCUUCCUGUAUCUAUACAAUUGGUUUGUAUUCAAGCAUCCAUUUGGGCAUCCCCUCGUUGCUUGUACUUGAGUUUAAUCACUGCUGGCUUUGUUGCUCUUACUUUGUAACAUUGAUCUGUGUUCAGA